CCCUAGUCCUGAUAAAGAAUGAAUCUAGAUUUUGGACCGAUUUUUUAUUUGGUUGAUAAACCUAAUUUCUUACCUAAUCCUGAAAAGAAAUCAAAGUAGAUAAUCUUGACUUUUUGAGUAAUAGUAUAAUAAGUUGAUAACUCCAAUAUUUUUUCCCUUCGCAAUGAUGACAAACCAAAAAUGUAACAUAAUUGCAAUAAUUUCAAUCUGACAAAAGAAAGAAUAAAAAUUUACAAUGGUUAUUAAAAUUAGUCAAUCUGUAUAUUUUUUUUGUUUAAUUUUUUUUAAUCUGUGUUUUUAUCAAUCAAUAAUGAUAAAUCUAAGUCUUAAAGCUAAAUUAGUUUAAUAAAUAAUAUUUAAAAACUAUACAAUAUAUUCAUUCCGCUUCUAAAAGAUCCAUAUUUUAGAGUUUUCACACUUAUUAAAAAAAUAUAUCAAUUUUAAUUACCAAUAUAUUAUUUUCCGUAAUAAGCUAUUUCCCACAAGUUUUCACCAAUAGAAUUUUAAUAAAUACAAUUAUGUUUUUUGAAGUUUACAAUUUACAUUUAAUUUAUGUAUUGAAAAUAUGAAAAAUGUAUUUUUUUGAAACAAUUUUUUUUCUAAAACAUAGAUCUUUUAGGAAUAGAGGGAGUAUUAGUUAAUAAAUAAUAGAUUAAAUCUUAAAUCAAACAUUCUAAUGUACUUUAUUAUUUGAAAAUAGAAAAAAAUAUUAAAUUAGUCAAUUUAAUAGUGCGUUAACUACUUUUACCAAACAAAGCAACACAACAAUUCAACACUUUUCUCUCUCUCUCUAAAAAAAAAAAAAAGGCUUCCUUUCUCCAUCAAGCCUUCUUCUUCUCCUCCCCCUCUCCCAUCAAAAAUCCAAACAAAAAGUUCCGAUCUCAUCAUGAACAACAAGAAGAACCCAGAUCAGAAACCAGAGAUGCCACCCUCCUCAUCCUCCCCGAAGAAACAAACCCUCUUCAUCUCCUCCCUCAUCCUCCUCUGGUACACCUCCAACAUCGGCGUCCUCCUCCUCAACAAGUUCCUCCUCUCCAACUACGGUUUCAAAUUCCCCAUCUUCCUCACCAUGUGCCACAUGUCCGCCUGCGCCAUCCUCAGCUACCUCUCCAUCGUCUUCCUCAAGCUCGUCCCCCUCCAGCACCUCAAAUCUCGCUCCCAGUUCAUGAAGGUCGCGACUCUCAGCAUUGUCUUCUGCGCCUCUGUUGUCGGUGGGAAUGUCUCUCUCCGUUAUCUUCCCGUUUCGUUUAAUCAGGCUGUUGGCGCUACGACGCCGUUUUUCACGGCGUUGUUUGCGUAUCUUAUGACGUUUAAGAGAGAGGCUUGGGUCACGUAUGGUGCGCUUGUCCCUGUUGUUACCGGUGUUGUGAUCGCUAGUGGGGGUGAGCCAGGUUUCCACUGGUUUGGGUUCAUUAUGUGCAUUAGUGCAACUGCUGCAAGAGCUUUUAAAUCUGUGCUUCAAGGCAUCUUACUCUCUUCCGAGGGAGAAAAGUUGAAUUCGAUGAAUUUGAUGUUGUACAUGUCCCCUAUAGCCGUCAUUGCGCUUCUGCCAGUUACAAUAGUAAUGGAACCAGAUGUGAUGAGUGUGACUCUAUCGCUCGCAAGACAGCAUCAGUACAUGUGGAUACUUCUUUUGGUUAACUCUGUAAUGGCUUAUUCAGCUAACUUGUUGAACUUUCUUGUUACCAAACACACAAGCGCUCUUACCCUCCAGGUUCUUGGAAACGCUAAAGGAGCGGUUGCGGUUGUGAUCUCGAUCUUGCUUUUCCGAAACCCAGUCACGGUGAUGGGAAUUGGCGGGUACAGUAUAACGGUGCUUGGAGUUGUUGCGUAUGGAGAGACUAAACGCAGGUUUAGAUGAGCGCAGAGACUCCGUUUUUACUUCCUAUCUGAUGGCUCUUAGGACGUCUGAUGGAACUUUUUAACAUUAUAUACUUUAGAGAUAAUAUAUUCAUCCUAUCUCAUUCUCAUUUUUGUAUCUAACCUAUAGACCUAUAUAUAUAUAAACAUAACGCAUUGAGUUAGAUUUUGUGGUUAUCUUUUUUUUUGUCUGGAGAUGAGUGCCAUUGACCAUUGUUGGUGUUUGAAGACACUUUCUCUUGUCACUGUGUUCACUAACUUGAAGAAAACUAAAAAGAAAAACUUUGGGCC